GAGCUACGUCAUCUUUAUGCGCGAGGAGGCUAAUAACAUACCUUUCGUUUUGAAAAAUAUGAACAAAUAAACGUUUAAUCGGGUUGGCGUCGCUGUUGUUGUUUUUAUCAGACUCUUUUUGGAAUAAAUUUAAACCGCUGACAUUUUUAUCAAACAUAAGAGGAAUGUCGAGCUUUUAAAUCUAAAAAUAUAAUCUAUCGCUUCUCAUGUAUAGCUAGCCGAAUAAAAAUCAUUGCCCCACUUUUUUAUUUUAUUUUAAAUAAACAAUGACAACUCUGACAAGGCAAGAUCUUAACUUUGGACAAGUGGUUGCUGACAUUUUGUGCGAGUUCCUGGAGGUCGCCAUUCACCUCAUCCUCUACGUCCGUGAAGUUUAUCCCUCUGGAAUCUUCCAGAAGAGGAAGAAAUACAAUGUACCUGUGCAGAUGUCCUGUCACCCUGAGCUGAAUCAAUACAUCCAGGAUACGUUACACUGUGUGAAGCCGCUCAUUGAGAAGAACGAUGCAGAGAAAGUGGUGGUGGUCAUCAUGGACAAAGAGCAUCAUCCAGUGGAGAGAUUUGUCUUUGAGAUUUCCCAACCUCCUCUCCUCUCAAUCAGCUCAGAGACUUUGCUGUCACACGUGGAGCAGCUGCUGAGAGCGUUCAUCCUGAAGAUCAGCGUGUGUGAUGCUGUUUUAAACAACAACCCACCAGGUUGUUCUUUCACGGUGCUUGUGCACACCAGAGAUGCUGCCACACGUAACAUGGAGAAGGUUCAAGUUAUUAAGGAUUUUCCAUGGAUCGUCGCUGAUGAGCAGGAAGUUCACAUGAAGGAGCCCAGACUCAUUCCACUGAAGUCCAUGACGUCCGACAUAGUUAAAAUGCAGCUCUAUGUGGAGGAGAGAGCCCAGAAAACGUAAGGA